AUGUCUUACUUAGGCUCAUCAAAAAUUAUUAAGAAACUUUGCGGAAUUGAAGGUGCUGAUGGCAAAAAAGCUCUUCAAAAAACCAUCAUUUCAGUCAUUUAUACAGAAAAACAAAUUAUUGAAAAAAAUCAGUGUGAUAAAAAAUACGAAAAUAUUUCUGCUCCAACCACCGAAUUAGUUGCUCUCUUAACUCCAUACGUUAAAAAGAUUGGUGUCAAAUCAUAUUUAGAACAAAUGUCUCAAGUUGAUCUUAGUACUUUAUACGAAGACUUCAAUGAUGAAGAGUCCGAAAAAGAAAAAGAUAAAAAGAAAAACAAAGUUUUCUUAGUUAGAAAAAUUACCAGCGGUAUCACCGAAGAUUUCGAUGGCUACUUUACCAAUCUUAAAGGCGACAAAUUAAAGAUUUUCUUACAACUUACUGCCUCACAAUUAUCCCCAAAGAUCAUCGAAGAAAUUACUUUAGUUGGUGUUGAAAUAUUCCUUUUCAAUGUCCAAACCGCCACCUUAAAAUACAUUUGUGAAAAAUUAGGCUAUGUUGUCCCAAAUAACAAUCCAAAUGUUAUGGUUACCUCUAUUCUCACUGGCGCUGUUCCAGCCAAGAAAGAAGCUCCAGCUAAAAAAGUAAUCACCUUCUCAAAGAAGAAAUUACCAUUAAAAAAAGGUCUUAGAUACCACGAUAUUUUCCAACAUUACUAUGUUGAAGAAUUACAAAGUUUCUGUCGUGAAGAAGGUUUAAAAAUCUCUGGUACCAAAAAAGAAGUUAUUAACCGUAUUCUUAACUUUUUAAAUCAUGGUAUUGCUGAAAUUCCAAAAGGUAAAAAAGUUGAUGAUGCUGAAGAAGAAGAAGAAACCAAAGAAGUUGCCCAAGAAGCUGUUACCGACGAAGAAGAUGAAGAUGAUGCUGAACUUGAAGAAGUUGAAGUUCCAGAAACUGUCGCUGAAGUUGCCCCAGCAAAAUCACCAAAAUCAACUCCAAAAAGACAAACCUCUAAAAUUGUUGCUCCAUCACCAUCAAAACCAAAAAAAUCAACCAAGUAA